AUGUCUCGCGUUUCGAUAUUGCCUGUCGAGCUUGCCCAUAUUUUGCCUAUACCGUCGAACUCUGGUGAUGAACAUUUUGCCUUCUUUCGACUUCCCCAUCCUAGGACAGGAUCACCCAGCAUGUUCCUCCCUUAUGCAGCAAGGGUUGGUACGUCGAGUUUGCUAGAAGUCCAGGCGGUGGAGCCCCCCAAUCCCAGGUCAUGGUUCAUUGAUCAAGAGGUUUUAUCUGAUGGUAGGUUGAUAAUGAUGACCCCGAUAGACCCAACGUUUCUGCUCCUCUGGGUUCUUAAAGCUGCGCUACCAGAGGGUACGUAUGUCGGCCCUUUACGUCCGGCGGACGAUAUCUUUGAAGAAGCUAUCGCGAAGUUGACACAAUCUACAUCAAACGAGUCUGCGUCUGCAUCCGUUGUGUCUGCACAAGACUUGACGCGCUUCGUCGAACUGGAUUGUACUAAGCGUGCAAUGAGCCGCGUGUGUGAAGUCAAGGAGAUCUCGGAGGAGCUCACGGUCUACAGGUAUUCCCAAGCCAAGACCAUCGAGUUUCUGCGGCAGAAGGUGGCGACUGUGCUUUCGUCGGGAGAGUUUGAACACAACAAGACAAUAAUACGUGGACUUGCGAAGAAUGGUUUAAUGGAGGAUGGGAACGAGAAUCUACUGCAAGAGGGACGCAUACAAGCGUCUUGUGAUCUUGUGGGUCAGUACAUAUCGCCAGCACUCAAAGCUGCUCUCCUCGCUACAUAUGAAUUAUCUGCGCUGGAGAACCAUGUCAAGACCCUUCAAGAUACUACCCUUGCAUCCGCAGCGGCCGAUGCGAACAGUGCCGACAAGAUUAAGAAGAGCACAAAGACGGCAGGGGAAGACAAAAAACGAAAAUCCGCAAAAGGGUCCACUGGAGUUGAAAAGCUCAAGAAAGCCAAUACGAAAGGGAUGUCGAAAAUAUCUAGUUUCUUUGCGAAGAGUUGA